AUGUCAGUCUGCUUCAUGAUCCUCCCCAGGAUUUCCACAGGAAAAUGCCCCAAACUGUCAGAGUGGGGAGGAAAAGGCCGCUUCAGGAAGGUCCGAAAGAGCAGCGGCAGCCACCGGAGGGAAAAGGCAAGGAAUGAAAUCCACAAACCCCCACCCUCAAGUCCUGAGUCCCUUCUUUGUCUCAGCCAAUCAGACGUCAGCAUUGCCGGCCGACCGACCAAUCAGGAGCUGGAACAGGAGCCCCCAGUCUCAGGCCGGGGUUUCCAGGAGGAGGGCGGCCGGAACAGGAGCGCCCCGCCCUGUCCCCGCCCACUCCACAGCCCGCCCCAGACCACGCCCCGCUCGCCUCGGCCCCGCCCCAGACCACGCCCCACCGCCACCAGCCUAGCUCGCCUAGAGCCCCGUGGCCAACGGCCGGCCGCGGGGCCGUGUUGUCCUGAGGGCCAGAAAAAGGGAGGAGCGGGUGGGGGGGACAGCCACGUGGCCUCAGGGGGAUUUACAACAUUUUCUUUCGCCAUCGACGGUACCGUAAAAUGUGUGAGAGAGGCGGCGGCGCAGCCAGGACUGGAGCGUGAGGGCGCGGGCCAGGUAAGCAGACCGGGCGACUUCGCUGCGGACGGGACCGGGGGGCGACCGUGGGCACCAGCCACGCGCAGCGGCUCCGCGGGGUCUCGGCCGGGUCGGCACUCUGAAAGAUCUCGAGAGCCACGGGUGGUGCAGGCGCGGCCCUCGAGCCGAAGCAUCUCCGGCGACCCGGGGCUGCCGAGGCGGUGUAGACCAGUACAGGCGGUCCCGCCGAGGCGCCUCCGAAUCCGGGGGUGGUCGAGACGGAUCCCCAAGGCCGAGGUCGGCAGGCCCGGGUACUUGUCGCUGCUGAGCCUGUGGAGACGCAGACCCAUGACCGAGGCACCCUCCAGCAACCCGGAGGCAGCGUUUUCCCCCUACCGGAAAUCUGAUGGGCUUAUGACAUCAUGGCUGGCUGCUGAGCGACGAAGUGGAUGCCACAGUGAAAUCCGACAUAUCGGAUGGAUUCUGAAAUCGGUUUCCCUCCAGCUAUAGUAACAGGCGUGAAGUCAGGAGAAUCUGAGCUUUGUUUAAAAAAAACCACAAUGAAGUCUUGCCCUGUAUUAAAUGUAAUUUUCUUAAAAACAAGCAAACCUUUUGGACAUCAUUUUAUUUUAAUAGAAAUGCUGAGUUUUAUGAAACUAAAGUGCCUAAUAAAUCGGACCUGAAGCUUUGUGAGCA